UUCACCAGGAUACAACAGCAAAACAUUCACAUAUUUAUGCUUAGGCACCAUGGUCUCCUAGAACAAGGACAUUUUUCCUGGACAGUCGGCAGCUGUGCGGGCGUGUGGGUACUCAAGCACUGAUUUCUCCCCUGAGGCAAGAAUAGGGACAACAAUGACCUUUAGCGUCGUGGGCGUGGUGUGCAUCCUCGUCGCGGGCGUGACCUCGCUCCCGGGGGGUCCCCUCCCCCCGAUGGACUUCCGGCACUUCGCGGUGUUGGACCAGAGGGGCCAUUUCCACAUGCUCUGGACGCCGGGGGAAAAGGACAUCGUGUUCGAAAUACAGGUCGCGACCCGAGGUUACGUCGGCCUCGGGUUCUCGCCCAACGGAGGCAUGAAGGGCGCGGACAUCGUGCUCGGCUGGGUGGACGCCCAAGGCGACGUCCACGCGCAUGACCGUUACGCCAGCGGUAUGAUGAUUCCUAUCAUAGACGAUUCGCAAGACGUGGAGAUUCUCGGAGGCUACGAGAACGACACACACACCGUGCUGAGGUUCGCGAGGCCCUGGAACACGUGCGAUAAGGAACACGAUUUCCAAAUAACAAGCGACACCAUGCGAGUGAUCUGGGCUUACUCGUACGACGACCCCGUGACCGAGUACGCGAUGACGAAGCACGACCACCGCGGGACCAAGAGCAUCUUCCUGCAGGAGCCCCAGUUCGUCCUCCCGGCCUUCGGCGAUGACGUCUUCACCUGGGAAGUCCGCAUGAAUAACGUAAGCGUAUCAGGUGAAGUAGACACUGUAUACUGGUGCCAGAUGUUCAAGGCACCUCCUCUCGAGCGCAAGACACACAUUAUCGGGUAUGUGCCCAUCAUCGAAAACAUAGAACAUGUCCACCACAUAAUCCUGUACGAGUGCCACUUGCCUGAGAGCGAGAAGCACUACGAGAAGUGGCUCCAGGUCGAGGGGCAGCAGUGCUACACGCCCAACAUGCCCUUGUCUUGGGCAAACUGCAGGAGCCCCAUUAUAGCCUGGGCUGUGGGGAGCGACGGCCAAAUCCUGCCAGACCACGUAGGGUUUCCUCUGCUGGAAGAACACGGGGGAGCCACCUACUUCAUGAUAGAGAUGCAUUACGAUAACCCCAACUUCCGCCAAGGCGUCGUGGACAGCUCCGGCGUCCGCAUCUUCCUGACGGAGAACCUCAGGGAAAAUGACGCCGGGUUCCUCAUCCUGGGUCAUGUUGUGGAAUCCACGCACAUCAUUCCACCGGAGAGGAAGUGGAAGAGCAUCAGCCACUGUGACGGUGGAUGUAUAACUCAGAGUAUUCCAGCGGAGGGGAUCAAGGUGUUCCAAGGCCUGCUGCACACUCACCUCCUGGGCAACGACAUCACAGUCAGACAGAUCAGGAAUGGGCGAGAGCUUCCUGUUGUGUUCCAAGACAUGAACUACGACUUCAAUUACCAGCAAGCGAGAGUCCUGUCUGAAGAAAUGACCAUCUUGCCCGGAGAUUCCUUCAUCACCGAGUGCGGCUACGACUCGAGGGGAAAGAAAACGCCCACCUUCGGAGGCGACAGUACACAAGAGGAGAUGUGUCUUGCCUUCCUCGUCUACUAUCCUCGGUCGAGAGUCAGCCGGUGCGUCUCCACUCCCGAAGUCUCCAUCAUCUAUAAGAGCUUUGGUAUCGAGGAAGUCUAUGGCGAUGGAAGGAACUCGGUUUACCGCAAUGCUCGAUACACACAUGACGAAGAGAAAGAAAAGAGGCUGGUCGAGGAGAUGAAGAAGAAAGCCGAGUGGGAUGGGAAGCAGAAGGCAAUUAGUAUUGACUUCACGAAGAUGUACAAGGACAUUGUGGCAAAGGCUCCGAAAGAGUUGUACAACGUGUCCAUGUACGACCUGAUCCACGACCCGAAGACCUGGCAGGACGAGCAGGCCAUGGACGUCCUACAGGAGCGGGUCCUUUCCGGGAAACACGAGAUCUUUUGCACGGACGAAAGCCAUAACCUUUUUGAAGGAUAUCCCCGAACCUAUGAAUACCCGGACUUUUUGGCCAUCAAGUUGCUGGACGAGGAGUGUGACGUCAGCCACGAGGCAGAGGCAUACGAGCCCGAUAUGAAACAAGGUCAAGACCUAAACCAAGAGGAAGAAGCAACCAAGAGUGAGACUCCCAAAGAAGAGGCAAACAAUGCACCCUCUGUGGCUAUAUAUACAUCAACCAUCAUUUUACUUGCCUGUCUGUGUGUCUUUUAGCAAAAGGUUUAUCAGUAAAUGAUGAUGCCGAGAUGUUGUGCCGAAAGAAAUCAGUGAAAAUGUUGAAAUGAAGUACUGUAAAUAUAUCAAAAGAAUAGUCAAGGGAAAUGGAUAGGUAAGCUUGGUUACUAAAUUUGUUUUAGUAUGUGUUGUUUGAUCUUGCGGAUCUUAUUAGAGAAAAGGUGUGAUACAUAGGCAAGUAUAUACGAACGCAUGCAGGGUGGCAAAGUCGCCUAAACAACCACAUGUACUUUUGAAUUAACGCAUUACUUAUG